GCUUCACGUUGCCACUGUGGAUCAGCUGCGACCGACAGAAGGAAAGAAACAAAAACGCAAAUCGAAGGGGGCUUUGCUACAACUGUUCUUCCCCAUCUGUCAGGUCGAGGUUAGCUCAGAGAGCAGUUUUGCCCUCAAAACAGACUACUUUUCCGGUACCAACCUCAAGCGCUGACGAUCAGGAGAGAGAGAGAGAGAGAGAGAGAGAGAGAGAGAGAGAGAGAGAGAGAGAGUAACUGAUAUUGAUGAGAAGUCUCUCAGAGAGGCACUCAGUCAGCCACCUGUGAGCUUCAAAUACAUUGCUGUUCAGUGACAGAAGUGAACUGCCACAGAGGUGGAGGAGCAGGUUAGGUGGUGCAACUUUGUGCAGUCCUGAUGGCUUCUGAUCCUGGCAGCGGAGCGGAGGAACAGCCGCCGGUGCUGCCUGUCAAACAGCGCAGGAGUCAGUCCUCCAGACACUCCAGUGUGGAGUCUGACUGUGUUAUGCUCAGCCCUGUUGGACAUGAGCGUGAAAACUUCGCGUGCAGCGACGUCUUCCCUGAACCCACUGAUUGUAACGCAGUCCGGUGUCCCAUACACCAGCGCUACGAUCCUUCCCGACACCUGGUGAGGUUCUUCUCUGACGAUAACCCUCCGCCUGUUCCAAAGAAGAGGUUAGCUCGCACCUUCUCCCUCCCUGCCACCUGUGCACCUCCGUUCUCUCCUCUGUGUCCACCACAAAGACAACCUCAGAACUUUGACAACCCCCUGUACAUGUUGGCACCUAUACCUGAUGACUAUUUCCACGAGGAGACAGCAGAGUUUAAACCAGUCAGCCGGUCUCCUGUCCCCUUACUGUCCUUCUCCCAGCUGUCCUUUGACACCCCAGAUGAACAUCUGCCCUACAUCUUCAGCAGCUUUGACGACCAGAGGGUCGUCUUUCAGGGGAUUCAGCAUCGACAUCUACUCUUUCUGAGAAGUAUGGCGCAGAGCAUGGAUGCCGGGAUCCUGCUGCAGUCGGACGCCGCAGAAAGGGACAUCAGCUCAUACCCACCUCAGGAUUUCCUGCUGUGUGAGGGCAGUGAACCAAAGCAGGUCGGCGACACGGUUUACUACAGAGUGCGCAGCCCCAGGCUCCCAGGGAGGGUGCUUGGUUUACGGGUACACAAGCAGACUGAUGAAACCUCCUCUGCUCACACCAAAAGCCAGCCAUUACAUGUCAACGUGCAAGAUGUUAUUAUUCAUUUCCAAACAAGCAACACCUCGAGGAAUGACUCCAGCGUGCUUCAAAUUCAAGACCCUCCUAGUCCUUUUAAGACAGGCUGCACCUUUGCUGAACCACCAGGUGGAGGCAGCACUGAGUGUGCCAUAGAUAACAGUAGCCAGCUCUCAGUCCAGUCUUUCCUCAUGAAAGGUCACUCGGUGAGUGUCGAGAGAGACCUGCCACAAGCCAGUCUGGAGGACUUUGUUCAGAGUAACAGCCUGCUGCGGAGUACAGAUUGUUUGACUUAUGACAGACAGGUAUGUAUUCUGUUGCUGCAGAUAUUUAUGGGCUUGCAACAUCUGUACAACAUCAGUGCCUCUGCAGCUGAGCUCAGACCUCGGGAGAUCUUUUUAGUGUGGCCUGAGAGAGAGAAGGAACAGGGAGGAAACAAGCAAGAACAGGAUGCUUCUGAGACCAGCAUACUGACAGAAGAAAUGGAGUGGGAAAAGAUGGAGAAAAAAGGAAACAUCCAGAUGUUAUGGAGAACACGUGGUUCCCCUCGUGUGGUGCUAACCCCGCACGCAUCUGCUCUUCCCAUGCCUCAAACUCUGUUCUACAUCAAAUCCCAAACAGGAGCCCUAAUUCAAUACUGCCUCCACUCACAAGAGACACCUCCGGACACAGAUCCCACUCUGUCCAAGUCUUCAUACCGAAGGGGGCUUCUUUAUCUGGCCUCUGUGCUCCAGAGUGAGGGCAGCGGGCCACAGCUGGCAGACAUGGUGACCAUGCUUCAGGUGCUCCUCUGGGGGCCACGUGCCCCACUCUUCAACCACCACCAUCACCCUAUGACCACCACUAUACACAACUGGCUGACAAUCAAGCGGGCCCUGCUGGUGAUGAAGUUGGCAGAAAGAGGUCUGGUCCAGGAUCUGUCCGCUCUGGACUGGGAGGACUGUAUGUGCCUGCAGUACCUGUCAUUUACAGACUCUGAGGCGGUUGUGAGCGCCAUCAGUCAGCUAUGGCUCACUCUGAAUGAGAACUGAGAUUUAUAUUCAACAUGUGAAAGUCAAUCAUGAGAUGAACUCACUCCUUUGAUAACUCAUGGGUAUUUACAGUCCAACAUGGCAAGUUGUUAAAUCUGCAAUGGUGACCAACAGUGGUCAGGAAUACACCAAGAAUGUGUAUGCUGCCCUCAUCCUCCAAUAUGAACUAUUAGGAUGUUCAUGUAGGUUACUGCUAUUCAUUAUAUAAAGUUAAGUAAGAUGCUGCACUCUAACUGAACAUUCAUUGCUUCAAUAUUAAAGGUCCUGAAAACGAUUUUGUAACAAGAUGUUCUUUUGUGUUCUUCUCACUGGUUUGAAAGAGGCAAGACUCGCUUAGAAAGAGCUGAUGUCACAGAUCUCCAACCACCAAUCAGGAUUUCAGGAUUUAGCAAUAUCUGAAUCUCAAAUCUCAUAGGCCAAACUCGCUGUUAAACUUUUAAUAACUAACUUUGAUUACUCUUGAAUCAUGUGAUCAUCUUAAGAAAUCAUUAAGUUAACAACAAUAGCGAGCCACUAAACACAAGCAUGAAAAAUAUAUAGUCAGACAACACGUUAUGUCCUAGCUCCUCUGAUGCACACUGAGACCUAAACUCACGCACGCCGCCUGUCUUCACAAGACCACAGAUGCCACUGUCUACGGUGAGCACUUUUAUUUAGUAGUUACAACAUGCAGAUUUCUAUCAAGUGAAUCAAAGCAACAAAUGAAAGUCAUGCACACAUUAAAAAAAAAUCAAUAUAAACAUGAGAAUCAAAUGAUAAUUACUAUAAAACAUACCUACUUACAUGAGUAAGAUGAAUUAAAAUUUAUCAUAAAUAUUACACUGUAGAGAUGAUCGUCAGGGUGCUCGAGGGGUGGGAAGGUUCGGUCAGCACUACACAUCAUGGAAAGUAAUACAGUGGUGAGGACACUGCCCGGAUAUUAUGUGGGCGUCAGCUUUACAUUCCUGGUAUAUUAACAUCUUACCUUAGUGCAAAUAGCAUUGAAACACAGCACAUGGUAGGUAAUGGUAAAACACAAAGGAACCUCAGACAGGAAACCUCCACCAUACAUAAUU